AUGUCUUUGAACUUGAAAUAUGUCAAAGAUCAAUCAAAAAAGGCCCUUAUAGACCUUUCCAAAAAGUUACAAAGUGGACAUGCAAGACGUAUGGGAGGUGCUGAAAAUCAUUUUGCCAUGUUUCAAAGAUUAAAACUAUAUAAAUCUUACUAUGUUAGUGCAACUUUUGAUCGUGAUAUUAUUGAUACUCAAUUCCUUUUUAGAUCAUUGAGAAAUGUUAUCGUGAAGAAUCCAUUUUUAGCUGUAACUAGUGUCACUCAAGAGGUUUCAUACCAAGUCAAACCAAGACCAAAUAAUUUUUUGAAAGUUUUAGAUCAAAUAAAAUUUGAUGAUUUAGUGUGGGAUUUAAGAACAGAGCUUAAAGGGUUACCAGACAAUAAAAUCUCAGAGAACUUGAACCAUCGUGAAUUACCUUAUGAGGAUGGGAACUUACUUUGGAGGUUAGUAUUAAUUGAUAAUAAUACAUUAGCAUUUAUGACAAACCAUAUUGUUCACGAUGGUACUACUGCAAAGAAUUUUCUUCAUGAUUUUACCCAAGAAUUUAACUCAAAGGAUCCAGUGUUUGAGCCUGUUGAUAUAAAACUUAAGCCAUUAUUUCAUUAUUCUAAUGAUAUGACCCCAAAUUUUAUAAUCCCUAAAGCAGGAGAGUUCAUUAUUGAUUAUACACCACCAAUUUGGUUUUAUCCAGAAUUUCUAUUAAAUUUCCUUAUAGUGACAAAGUUCUGUGAUCAAACACCAAGAUUAUCAAAAGAAGUUUCCAAAUUCCAUUUAUUCAAUAUAUCCAAUCAUCAAAUCUCACAAAUCAAGGCUCGUUUGUCCCAGAACUCAAAUAAUGGAUCAAGAAUAACUUUAACUUCAUAUAUUCAAAAUGCAUGGCUUCACAUAGGGACAACCUUUCCUCUUUACAAAAAUAAUAUGAAACUUUCAAAUAUCAUCUUACCAAUUGAUAUAAGAAGAUAUUUCCCCCCUGAAGUUCCACAAGAAUUGUAUAGAUAUGGUAUGAACAUUGCAGGUUUAGGAAUUCACCAAUAUCCAGUUCCAAAUCUUCAAUGGAAGAAAAUUCGUCAAUUGGAUAGAUAUUUGAAAAAAGACAUAAAUUCUAAGAAAUCAGUAUUUGGAACUGGUUUUAUGAUUUCUGAAAAAUUUAUAAAACAUAAACAUCUUGAUAUUGAUUUCCCCAAUUCAUCAGAGUUUAAUUAUAGAUCAGGUACUUUAUUAACAAAUAUUGGUAUAUUGGGUUUGGAAAAUUUUGGUGAUGGGGGGGGUAUAAUAUUAUAG